AUGUCAGAUAUUGAGGAGCUGAACAUAACAGUGGCGGUGCGGUGCAGGGGACGCAAUCAGAAAGAAGUGGAUGCACGCAGUUCUGUGGUUGUGGCACUUCCCGACGUCACUGGCAAAAACGAGGUUUCUAUCAACACAAGUGGCGAGACAGGUAUAGCUGCGCAGCUCAGCUCCAAGAUCUACACGGUGGACAAGGUGUUUGGACCCAGUGCAGAUCAGCAGCUGGUUUUCAAAAGCAUCGCAGAACCAUUAUUUCGGGAUUUCAUCAAGGGCUACAACUGCACAGUUCUGGUGUAUGGGAUGACCUCCACGGGCAAAACAUACACUAUGACGGGAGACGAGCGGUUGUAUGAUGGCGAAUUGAGCGAAGGUGCAGGCAUCAUUCCUCGCGUGCUAUUUAAGAUAUUCGACGCACUGGAGGACGCUAGCAGUGAUGACUACAUGAUAAAAUGCUCGUUUGUGGAGCUAUACAAUGAAGAGCUCAAAGAUCUCCUGGACGAGGCUCAUGACUCUAACAACGUACCGAAAAAGCUGCGAAUAUUCGACUCUGCAGCCAACACAAGUGGCAGUAACGGCAGUCGAAAUAGCUCCAGAACAAACUCACCAAAAUUCACAGAAAGUCAUUUCGCGUCAUCCACGGCCUCCAGUUAUUCCUCGCGACGCAAAAUGCGAAUGGCACCCAACGCUGCAAACACUCUGAAGUCCGCAAAAGCUCCCAUACCUAAAUCCAGCUCUUCCACAGAAAUAAGCUCCGCGAUUCAUAUUCAGAACUUGCAAGAGUUUCAUAUUAUGAGCGCCAAGGAGGGUAUACGACUACUACAGAGGGGAUUAAAGCAACGGCAAGUGGCAUCAACGAAAAUGAAUGACUUCUCAAGUCGCUCCCAUACUGUUUUCACAAUAAUGCUUUACAAAAAAUGUGACGACGAGAACUUUCGUGUUUCUAAAAUGAAUUUGGUCGACUUGGCCGGUUCCGAAAAUAUCAAUAGGUCUGGUGCCCAGAACCAGCGAGCAAAAGAAGCAGGAUCAAUCAAUCAAAGCUUACUGACUCUCGGCCGAGUAAUUAAUUCACUAGCGGAUAAAAGCGCCCACAUCCCGUUCCGGGAGUCGAAACUAACAAGACUCUUACAAGAUUCUUUAGGCGGAAAUACCAAGACCGCUCUUAUUGCCACGAUUUCGCCCGCAAAGAUCAAUUCUGAAGAGACUUCGAGUACCUUAGAAUAUGCUUCAAAGGCCAAGAACAUCAAAAACAAACCUCAGAUAGGCAGCUUUAUUAUGAAAGAUGUCUUGGUGAAAAGUAUCACUGCGGAAUUAGUCAAAAUCAAAUCAGACCUAUUGUCCACUAAAUCUAAAGAUGGCGUCUACAUGAGUCAAGAAAACUACAAAGAGCUAACAAAUGAGUUAGAAAACUACAAGACAGAGAUUCAAGAAUGCCAGCGAUCUAUUGAGAAGUUGAAUACGCAAAAUGCUAUGCUACUGAAAGAAAGAAAAAUAUCCAAUGAAAUCAAUGAGUCGCAGAAGGCUAAAGUUCGGAACCUAGGAGAUAACAUUGAAUACUUAUAUGACAAGAUCGACAGACAACACAGAAAUGAACAAGAGCUUUCGAACGUUGUGCAAGAGCUAAUGCGUGCGCUUCAUGCAAUGCAAAAAUCACUUCAGGUUUAUGAGGAUCAAGGCCAGAGAUUUCAGACCGAAAUGGAGAGGGUGCUUUAUGAAAAUAUUGGUUCCUUUAAAAAAUCUCUCACCAACGAAAUCGAGAAGCUUAAGGCUAACGUGAACGAAGAUAAUAUUGAUGUUGACGCAAACAUCAACAUGGUCAGCAAAGAGCUUUAUCGAAUUUUUGAUUCGCUGAACUCAUCAAGCAACGAAAUAUGUCAAAAAUUCGUCCGAGAUAUCUCGGAACAAACUCCCAAACACUUUCAAGGUAUUCACGAUCAGGUGGGAAAUAUUACGUCAGUCGUCGAAGCGUAUUCGUCGAGCUUGAUGGCACACCUUAGUAGCGUCAGCGAGGAAUACAAUAAUCUGAAGGAUUACCUCAAUGAGCAGUUCUUCAAAAACAAUUUUCAGGAAGCUCUUGACGUGCAUGUUGAGCGUACGUACCAUCAAUUGAAGGUGUCAGCGAACUCGGCCUUCAUUCAAUUAAGAGAAACGAUGAACGAGCAUCUAGAAAAUAACAAGAACUCCAUGAUGCAAAGUUUAAAAAGUGCGGCAGCCGAAGUGGUGGCAAAAGAAAUGGGGUUGCUGAACCCUGUGAAACAAGCAUGGGAGAAAUCACUUGAAAAUAUCAACGAAUGUGAUAAACUAACCAAUAAUUUCGAGAAUAAUAUGCACUCUGCGGUGAAAGAAGUGUAUGGUAGGAUAGACCAAGCAACGAACUCAUCAAUUUCAGCCAUGGUCGGCGUUGAGAAUAAUUUGUCGCAACUUAAAGAUGUAUCAGCAAGUUUCCGGAAUAACAGCGUGAUAGACACUAACGUCGAAGGUAUUAAACGUAAACACGAACUUCUGAAAAGCCAGCUUCAAAACAAUGCAAACUAUAUGCAAGCUGCAACUCAAAAGUUUGGUGAAAUUGACAAGUCGAUUCAAGAUCUAUUGAGUACGCAGACUAUCCCCCAGCUGAAUAGUGAAGAAAGAAUAGAAAGUCUCUUGGAACAGCUCAAUGAUAGGCCACUCAGGCCUCUAGGCCCUUCAGGAAAGACUCCCAUGAGAAUUACUUAUCAGGUGGGUUCGAGCUCAGGUCUAAUGCAGCCACCGGUGAAGAGGUCGUACUCAACAUCGCCGAUCAAAGAAAUAGACGGAAACAAGCGGGCUCUCUCGCCGCCAAAGCGACGACUAAUUGAGGACGACACGUCAUCGAAACCUCGAGAGAUACAAUGA